AUGAAGACCUCUUUUAUCCUCACUGCUUCCAUGGCCUCUGCCAUCCUGGCCCAUCCUUUCGAUGCUCGCAGCCAGCAGUGCAAUGUCGCUCCCUCAGCUGCCACCAAUGCCAAGAUCCAGCCCGUCUCUCAGCCUUCCGCUGCUACUGCUGAUGCUUGCUUGAAGUCCUGCUCCUCCAACGCUUCAUGCAAGAGCUUCAUCUUCGGUCUCCCCGCCAAUGCCAAGGCCCCUACUUGCAAGCUCUAUGGUGUUGCUGCCGCUCAAGUCCCCAAGCAGGGCAGCGAGCUGUACGUCUUUGACAAGGCUUGUUCCUCAAAGGCUGUCCCCAACACCAAGCCCACUCACGACGAGCCUCGCGGCCAAGUCAAGGGCAAGCUAGCUGCUCGUGAUGAGAUGUGCAACACUGCUCCUACCGGACCUACUAAUGGCAACGUCCAGCCUUUCGCUACCCCCAGCGUCAAGACUGCUGAUAAGUGCCAGGAUGCAUGCACUGCUCAGAAUGACUGCCAGAGCUUUGUCUUUGGCCUUCCUGCCGACGCAUCUGCGCCUGUUUGCAAGCUGUACAAGGUUGCUCCCGCCAAUGUUCCCAGCGGCGAUGACAAGCUUAACGUCUUCGCCAAGAGCUGCCCUGCUGCCAAGGUUCCUACUAUCGACCCUACUCAUGUUGAGCCCCGAGGAGAGCCCCCUGUUGAUCAGAAGCCCCACGACAAGUCUGCCGAUAAGCCCAAGCCCAAGCCCAAGGGUCCUCCUCAUGUUCAGCGCCGAGGAGAGCCCCCUGUUAAGCAGCCCCCUGUUGAACAGAAGUCCAACAAGAAGGCUGCCGAAAAGCCCAAGGCCAAUACUCCCGCCAAGCCCAACAAGGGCAACGGCAAGCACAACUAA